CAGGGUUUUGCGACAAAUUUGGCUGUAUAAUGGCAAACAGCACUCCAUGUGCUUUAUGGAGGCGUUUGGUCCUUUUAGCGGAGUUUAUUUUUUUAAUCACUGUUGAAGAGAAACUCACCGAGACUGAUGCAGUGGCUGUUCAGGAACAUUAUACAGGAUAUUGAGACAAUAAAUUAUUGUCCCAUCAUGGAUGCUGCAGGAUUGGAUUUCCAAGCCAUUUUCAGGCUGUUGCGUACAGGAUCUGCUCCCAGCCUGAGCAGCGAAGAGCUCGCCAGCAGAAUCUCAUCAUGUGUUGUUCAAACAGAAAACACUCCUGCGGCGUCUGUCACACACACAGACGUCAUGUGCUUGUGUCUCACUCUUGUUGAGACCAUCAUUAACAGGCUGACAGCACAGAGUCUGCCACAAGAUGUCACUAUAUUCUAUGAAGAUGUCACGAGGAGACUGUUUGGAGAAAUGAAUCUGAUGGCAAAACUGGUGUCCCUCCUCAGCUGUCAGGACCAACUGGUGUCUCAUUUAUCUGCAAAGUGUAUGUCAGUCUAUGUCAUCAGUGACAUUUGCAUUAAUGGAGGCAGCAGCUCGAUCUGGAGACACGCGUGUGCUGAAGUGUUUCAGAAAUCAACGGCCAGCAGUGAACUGGACUCCUGUCUGUGGUCACUGACCGCUGUGAUUAAAGGAGUGCUGAGAGCAGAAAAAUGCCAGAAUAAAAGAGAUAUUUUGACAAAGCUUCUUUCUGGAUUGGAUGCCUCCAUCACUGACUUGCACACCAAACUUCUGACUCAAGAUGCACAAGACCCUCACAAAAGAGGACUGAUGAAUCUCUCUAAAACCAUGUGUGAGUUCUUUGACCUCCUUGAGGUCCUCAGCGCUGCCCGGCUCAGAUAUGGAGUCUGUUCUUCUGUUCAGAGAGUCAUAUUCGUUGAGUCGCAAGCGCUCCUUCAUGUCAUGAGAGCUGACGUGGAAUAUUUUGUGAAGAAACGAGCACUGCUUCUCCUGAAGAGAAGUCUUCUGCGGAGAGCCGGGGACGAUUGGGCUUUAGGUGAAGUUCAGUCCUCGUCACAUGAAGAUCACAGCCUGACUGAGGAUGUGUUGGCCAUGGCAGAUGGAGUGUUACAGGAAGUGAAUGCAGGCUGGCUCAAGGAAGUGCCUGUGAAAGCUCAGGCCAGUUUCUUUGGUGGGAACUGUGAUGUGGGACUCGCUGGGACACAGAAGGACGAUGUGAUUCUGAUAGCUGUGAGCCUGAUUUUGCUGAAGUCACUAGAAAUGAACAUCCAGUCGCUUCAUUGGAAAGGAGCUCAGAGUGACAUUGACGUCCGGCGGUAUUUAACAGAGCUCAUGUCGUUCCUCCAGCGUCACGGGACUCUGGUGUCUGCAGAUGCUCACGGCUGCUCCUGGGUGUCUGUAGUGUUUGCUGAGCAGGAUGAUGACAUGAUGGAAUCAACCAAGAUUUUGAUUGGCUUGUAUUUAUAUCAAACAAGUUUGAGUUCGUCAGACUCGGGGGAUUGCGACUGGGGCUGUAACCCUCACUGUCAUUUCAUACUUCUGCUCCGCUCCCUCUCCUUCGACCACACCGUGCUACUUGACUUCCUCAUCUCCUCGGAAACGUGUUUCCUGGAAUACUGCGUCCGCUACCUGAAGCUUCUCCGUGAGGACUGGACAGGCUUGUGUAGGUCUUGUCGUCAUAUCGAAGACUGUGAUUUGAACCUUGGCGCCACUAGAAGAGGAACCGAUCCUUCCGUUCAAACUCAUCCUGCUGUUACAGAGACGCUGCAUGUUGUUCCCUGCACUAGAUCGCCAACAGGUAAUGAUGUCUCAGUUCCACGACUGGUUGAUUAUGGGAGCUCGGACGAAUCCGAUGAUGCAGAAGAGCAAGUUUCUGACAGGAACUCUGGGAAUACUGAUGUAGAUUCUGGUAGGACAGCAUCUGUAAUGGCGCUGGAACAAGUUGAGACUGAAUAUGCGUCCGAAUCUCUGUUAGGUAAAGUGUUUGUGUGUCUUAUGGACUUGAGGAUGGCGGUAACCAGACUACAUAACAGGGAUCUUUUCCCCUACAACCCUACCUCACUUCUAAAACUGUUAAACAGCAUUGAACCCCAGAGAAACAGGAUUAGGUAGUUAGCUUUAACAAGGAUAGAUUAUGACUGAUUGAGAAUGUCAAUCUGUUCAAUUGCUGCAGUGAAUAAACACACAUCGCUGAACCAAAACUUUAUUUUUGCAUCAAAAUUAAUAAGGUAUAGAGGGAUUUAAUAGACUAAAUUAAAUAAAUAAAUAAUGAAAUUAUUAAGUACAGCAUGGAAUGUUGCAAUAAAUAAAAGUACAAUGAAGAAUUAAAACAAGGCGUAAAAUGUAUUCAUCUGGUAACACUUUACAAUAAGAUUCCAUUUGUUAACAUGAACUAAAUAAAAAAUACAUCUAAAGCAUUUAUCAAUCUUAAUGUUAAUUUAAACAUUUACUAAUACAUUAUUAAAAUCUGUUAAUAUUUAGCAGACCUGAGGUAACAACGAAAAGUUGCGUUUUUAAUAAUAAGAUUAAUAAAUACUGUGACAAAUAUAUUUAUCUUUGUUAGUUAAAACUAAUGGGACCUUAUUGUAAAGUGUUACCCAUUUUUUUCAUGUAAAAAAUAUGUGAAUGGCAUGUUAAAUUUAAAAACCUCAUGAAAUACAAGUUUCAUUUUUCAUUUCACUUUACAUCUUAUUUAAUUGUGCUUACAUUUCAUCAUACAUUUAUUUGUCAGGUAAAAUAAAAAAGGAACGCCCUGUGAAAUAUGCAUUAAAAUGAAAAACAUAUUCAUAUAUAAAAACAAACAAAUUUCAUGCAUUUAUUUUUUUGUCCUUUUAUUCAUUUAUUGCAGCAUUGCAAGACAAAUUAAAAAUGUCAUUAUACACUUCCUGGCAUUACCCGCUGUUUGGAGUUUAAUAGGUAAAUACUUAAGAGUCUAUGACUGGAUCAUUAUUACAGUGAUUAUUAUGUUUCUAGCAUGUUAUAUGUUUGG